AUUUUUUUAAUGAAUAUCCUAGCCUUGUUUAUCAUACCAUAGAAUAUAAAAAUCCCCAAAGGUUGUAUUAGUGAUGAUUUGUAUAUAUAUAUAUAUAUAUGAAAGUCUCAAAUAUGAGUUUGUAGAGCCAAAUUAGAGAAAACGACAUAUCGACAUUGGAAGAGAAACGAUGGAAGCAAAUUUUGCAAAGGGAAAGAUGAUAACGGUGCUGAGCAUCGACGGCGGCGGCAUAAGAGGAAUUAUUCCGGGCACUAUACUCAGCUUUCUUGAAGCUAAACUUCAGGAUUUGGACGGUCCAAAUAUGAGAAUAGCAGAUUAUUUUGAUGUAAUUGCUGGAACGAGCACAGGUGGGUUGGUGACCACCAUGAUUACGGCCCCUGAUAAGGAUAAUCGACCUUUGUAUGCUGCUAAAGACAUCGUCAAAUUCUAUUUCGAUCACACUCCUCACAUCUUCCCGCAAAAAAAAUCAUGUUAUGGAUUGAGUAACUUUGUAAACAAAGUGGUAAAUUUUUUUGGGCAAGCUAUGGGACCAAGAUAUGAUGGAAAAUAUUUAAGGUCAAUUGUGAAUGAGCAACUUGGAGAUCUCACACUCAAGCAAGCUUUGGCCUAUGUAGUUAUUCCUGCUUUUGAUAUCAAGCUUCUCCAACCAGUUAUUUUUACUACAAAUGAUGCAAAGUUGGAUGAGCUCAAGAACCCACGACUCGCAGAUGUUUGCCUAAGCACUUCGGCAGCUCCAACAUUCUUACCAGCACACUUUUUUGAGACGAAGGAUUCGAAUGGUGGUACUCGUGCAUUUAACCUUGUCGAUGGUGGAGUUGCAGCAAAUAAUCCAACACUUGCAGCCAUGUCUCACAUUACAAAAGAAAUAAGCGUAAUGGGAAACUCAGAAUACAUAAACAUAAGGCCAAUGGAUACAAAGAGAAUGUUGGUUGUUUCAUUAGGAACAGGCGCACCCAAAAACGAUGAGAAAUUCAGCGCAGUUCAAGCCGCCAAAUGGGGCCUUUUCAAUUGGGUGUUAGACUUUGAAAAUGGUGCCACUCCCAUUGUUGAUUUCUUUGGCCAUGCCAGUGCUGAUAUGGUUGACUAUCAUGUUUCUACUUUCUUCCAAUCUUUAAAAACUAAACAUAAUUAUCUUCGAAUUCAGGAUGACACGUUGACAGGCGACCUAGCCUCGGUCGACGUUGCAACCGAAGAGAAUUUAAAGAGGCUGGUGGAGACUGGAGAGGCUCUACUGAAGAAACCAGUUUCAAGAGUGAAUUUAGAAACUGGAAAAUUCGAACCAGUUGAUGGAGAAGGUACCAAUGAAGAAGCUCUUACUGAAUUUGCUAGGUUGCUCUCUGAAGAGAGAAAACUAAGACUAAGCCCUUAACUUAGUAUCCUUCAUAUGUUUCUCUAAGAAGUACUGUUGAAUUUUUUGCUUGGAUUGCUUUUGUAUGUUUCCUCAAUAAGUGUUUUCAAUUUUAUUUUUAAAAGAAAUCAUAAUACUUUUUUUCUCAUGUUGUGUAUGUUUGUGGUGUGAAUAUAUCAUGGGAAUAAAUCAAUUGAACUUUUUGUAUGUAUAUGU